AUGGGAGUUGCUUUGGCAGAGGUGGACACGAACCACCAGACGCCCUUGUUCUACGCUGCCUCCCGUGGAAACCUGCCCAUGGUGCGGUUGUUGCUGAACUUGGGAUUCGAGGUCAAUUUCCGGGACUGCUGGAAGGAGACCGCCCUCUUCUACGCAAUAAAUAAUUCGCACAUGGAUGUGGUGACCGUUCUGGUCGAGCAUGGCGCCUCCCAGUUGGUGAAAUCCAAGAAGAUCAACAAGACGCCGCGAGAGCUUCUGAAGGCGAAGAACCAGCUCGUGCCCGACACCCGCAAGCGGCCACGACCUUCCCCGACUCCUCCGAGCCCCUGUCCUGCUGCCCUUGCAAGGAGCCGUCUUGCCAUCUUUGAAUGGCAGAAGGAAGAGAGCGCCACUGAGCCAUCGAUCGAAAAGGCUGAGGACCACGUCGUGGUCGAAAGUGAGGACUUCUUUGUCAGUGAUACUGUCAAAGAUUGCGCCAAACGGCUCCGGCGCUCCGAACGGGAGUUUGCCGUGGAUCAUGCGGACCUACACGCGGCACAGCCAUGGUGCGAGCACCUAACUGUAAAAGAAGCCGCAAAAUUAGUAGGUGUGCCAGCAGAGGUAACCGACGAGGCCGAAGAGAAACACGUCGCCUGCAUUGAAGAGCUGGCGACGGGACUCAACCCGACCAAGUUUACACUCACAGCUGUUUCAGAGAGGACUAAGAACGUUGCCGGCUACGUGUUCGCCCACUUCGAAGACAAAGAGCUCACGAUCGGGCAGCUGAAGGUUGAUCGCCCGCACCAGGGCAAAGGCUUAGGCGGCCUGCUUCUGGAAGCCGCAGAGAAAAGGGCCGUAAAGCUGGGAUGCUCGCUCUCCAGGGUGAAGCUGAGUGUGUUGGAGACCAACGAGAAA